CCACCGUACCGAGACACAUUGAAGCAGGAAUACAGUCACUUACAACGCGAUUAUGUCUGGAUUUUCGCUUAUUUUGUCUAAUGCCAGGCUAUUUAUUUUACAACGUGAAGUAUACAGUUAUGUUUAUUAAUGUUGUCACGGUAGCUUUAACCUCAUUUCGUAGAUAGUUAAUAACCUAUUUAUUAUGCUCGUUCCUUUCCCGUGUCAAUGAUUGUCCAACCCUUAGUCUCAUGGCGGAAACAAAAAUAAUAUACCAUAUUGAUGAGGAGGAGACUCCUUAUUUAGUUAAACUAUCCGUUUCUCCUGAAAAAGUCACUUUAGCAGAUUUCAAAAAUGUGCUCAACAAUCGUCCAGUCAAUAGCUACAAAUUCUUCUUUAAAUCCAUGGACCAGGAUUUUGGGGUUGUCAAAGAGGAGAUUUCCGACGACAACGCCAAGCUGCCUUGCUUCAAUGGGAGAGUGGUAUCCUGGCUGGUCCUGGCAGAGAGCUCCCACUCCGAUGGGGGGUCCCAGUGUACAGAGAGCCAUCCAGAGCUGCCCCCUCCCCUGGAAAGAACAGGGGGCAUCGGCGACUCGCGCCCCCCCUCCUUUCAUGCCAACGCGGUAAGCAGUCGUGACGGACUGGACACAGAGACGGGUACGGAGUCCCUUCUGAGCCACCGUAGAGAGCGGGAGAGAGAGCGAGCACGAAGAAGAGCUCGAGAGACAGAGAUCCCUCGUAUCAACGGCCACUCCAAGUCGGAGCGCACUGCGCGGGACUCGGCCAUGGGUUACGACAGCGCCUCGGUGAUGAGCAGCGAGCUGGAGACCAGCUCAUUCGUCGACAGCGAGGAAGAUGAGGAUGCCAGCAGGCUCAGCAGCUCCACAGAGCAGAGCUCCUCCUCUCAGCUGAUGCGCAGACACAAACGCCGCAGACGGAGGCACAAAGUGGCCAAAAUAGACCGGUCCUCUUCCUUCAGCAGCAUCACAGACUCCACUAUGAGCCUCAACAUCAUCACUGUCACUCUCAACAUGGAGAAGUACAACUUCCUGGGUAUCAGCAUCGUGGGCCAGAGCAACGACCGGGGCGACGGCGGCAUCUACAUCGGCUCCAUCAUGAAGGGCGGAGCCGUGGCCGCAGACGGCAGGAUCGAACCUGGAGACAUGCUCCUGCAGGUGAACGAUGUGAACUUUGAGAACAUGAGCAACGAUGAUGCUGUCCGCAUCCUCAGAGAGAUCGUGUCUAAAACCGGGCCUAUCAGCCUUACUGUGGCCAAGUGCUGGGAUCCAUCUCCCCGCAGCUACUUCACUAUCCCCAGAGCGGAGCCUGUAAGACCGAUUGACCCUGCCGCCUGGAUCUCUCACACCACCGCCCUAACCGGGCCCUACCCGCACUACGAGUUUGACGACUUGCCAUUAUCGGCCAGUAAGACAGACAUGGCGACCAUCGUCAAGGUGAUGCAGCUGCCUGACUCUGGUCUAGAGAUCCGGGACAGGAUGUGGCUGAAGAUCACCAUCUCCAACGCUGUCAUUGGUGCUGAUGUGGUGGACUGGCUCUACUCUCGAGUGGAGGGCUUCAAGGACCGCCGUGAUGCCCGGAAGUACGCCAGCAGUCUGCUCAAACAUGGCUACCUGAGACACACCGUCAACAAGAUCACCUUCUCUGAGCAGUGCUACUACACCUUCGGAGACCUCUGCCAAAACAUGGCGUCUCUCAACCUGAAUGAGGGUUCCAGUGGUGGGGGCUCAGAACAGGACACCUUGGCCCCCCUCCCUCCCCCAGCCACCAAUCCCUGGCCCCUGGGAGGCCAACCCUUCCCCUACCCCCCUUUCCCCUCUGCUCCCCCUGGCUUCCCCCCAGGAUACUCCGACCCCUGCCACAGUUUCCACAGUGGCAGUGCCGGCAGCCAACACAGUGAGGGAAGCCGAAGCAGCGGCUCCAACCCCAGCGCAGGGAAAGGCAGGCGCUCCUCCCCUCAAGAGAAGACCCACAGGUCCACUUGCAGCGAAUCAGAGCAAGUCGUGCGGGGUGUCAGGCGUGGCGAUAGGUCUGCCAGCCAACUCAGUCAUCACAGCCAUGCCCUCUCCAGUCACAGCCACGCUCGCUCAGGUUUCAGCCACACCCAGUCUCACAGGAGUCACUGUCACCCGAAAAACAUCCAAGCCCCCUUCUCCUAUAGCCACGCCCCCUUCAGCCAACCUGUGCCCGGCUCCUGUGGCCACAGUGAGCGAAGCCACGCCUCCUCCUACGGCCCCCCUGGCCUACCCCCCCCGUACUGCAUGGCACGCCUCGCCCCCAAGACCUCCGUCAGCAGCAGCACCCCCCCUGGGGCCCCCCCAGUGAGGGAGCUAGCUGCCGUCCCCCCCGAACUCACCGCCAGCCGCCAGUCCUUCCAGCACGCCAUGGGAAACCCCUGUGAGUUCUUUGUUGACAUCAUGUGACAGACAGGACAGUGCCUUGAAAACUUGCCAAGCACAAACGACUCCCUCUGCCCUGUUCUCUCUGUUUUUCUUUGUCUCUCGCUCUCAUUUUCAUUCUUUUUUUUCUCUCUCUCUCUCUCCCUCUCUCUCUGUCCCCUAGUUAAGUCUCUUUGCUACUGACUAUCCCUGUGUUCAGAAUGUAGACCCUGGCCCUCGACCCACCGCUAUCUCAUUGCUCCCUCUGAUGUGCAAGCAAGGGAGGAUGGGAAACCAGAGCACAACAGGAGGGAGUCCUCAUACAUCCACACGCGCACAGACACACACACAGACACGCACACAGACACGCACACAAACACGCACACAGACACGCACACGCAGGGCUUCUGUCUGUGUCUGUGGAGAACCCUCCCGGCUCUUUUGUAUUGAUGUGACAGUAAGUGUACAGUUUGUGAACCGUGAGUGGUAUUCAAUGUGGUGAUUCUAAAGAGCUGCCACACAGACAAGCCCAGGAGAGGGAACUCUAUCUGGAUUAUCUCCUGUUGGACCAGACCUAGCUGGCUGGAUCUGGAUCUCAAUCCCCCAGACCCAGACUCGGAGCCACAGCUUUGGACCGGGUCGACCCAGGACUGGAGACAGAUCUCUUGGUAUUUCUCCUCCACAUCCUCUGCUACUAUUUGGCACUUCCGACCAAAAGUGCAGCUCUAGCGGACCGUCGUUCUUGCUUAUGCGGUAUGCCAGGGGGACCUGGGAUACUGUAACAUCUGCCAACUAGUCAGUGCUAGCCUUGGCCAGUUACACAGCGCCUGGAUCUUCUCAACGUUGUUAAGGAGCAAGUGUGCCCAGUCUUUAGCUCAACUAGGCUGCAUCAUUUGCAUGACUGCUUUAAAGGAGACAACAAGAAUUCAUUUUGCUACAUAUUUUGAAAUUGAGGGUUACCUCGUGGCCAAUGGUCUAAAAGAGAAAUCCAUACACUGGAGAUUUUUUGUGAUGUUAUUUAUGUGAUCAUGUUGAAUUGAUGGUGUCAUACCUUGUCUGUCUCUCAUUGGCUGACUGACACAUAGACAAUCAGACAUCUCCUUUAGUGACCCAGUGGAUUGACCAUCACCACUGUCCACUGUCCUAGCUGUGCUUUGUCGAAUGUAUCAUUACUGCAGUAACCCUGACUAGCACAACAGUAGCAUGUUGUGAACCAAUUUGACACCACUGUUGGCUGAGAAACAUGCCAACAGGAUUGCAAACAGUGGUCAUCCACCAUGUCGGAUUACUCAACAUGAACGUAUCGAGUGGAACAGAGAUCACUAGUACAGUAGCUAUAUACAUGCUCGCUGUACACAUGGGUGGGAUGAGAUAGAGAUCAGAGGGAUGGCAUUGUCUUGUGACUGGUGGUGUCCCUAUCCUGCCACUUCUCUGACAGGAAGUGCUGGGGUGAACAGGCCUGGAUAUUGAUUCAUCCUGUACAGUAUUGUUCUGUAAUCAAGUGACUUUAGAAAAUGACAUGGGAAACCCCAAUCCUCAAUUCUGAAAAUCAUAUGAUAGAACUGAAUCGUUGCCAGCACUGUUAGGCCCCAGGGCUGAUUUAGGUGUGUUGUACCAGCUCGGUCCACCAGGGGGAGAAGAAGCAGCACACUCAGUUGAAUAUCAGCACUUUCUCAUCUUUGUCUGGCCCUUUAGUAUGAAACACUGUUUGCAAUCAAAGAUUUCUCCUUUGUUUUGUUUCUUUACAAAAGAGGAAUAAAUUGUAAAUAGAAAUUUAUUAUAUAUAAGAAUUAAAAAAUAUAUA